UUAUACCAUACAUUAUCGACUCAACUCUCUGCUGGGCUGGAUUCUCUGGGGAACAUCUGUUCUGUGGAAGUCAGCCUUCAUUAAGCACAAUGAAGUAUUUCCUGGGCUUCUUCCUUUCCUGUAUCCUUUUUGUAUCAUGGUGUCAGGCCCAAUGCUAUAUUGUAGACACAGAAAGCACGUCUGAGGCAGUGAGAAAAACUAGGAGGAAGAAUCCACUCUUUGGAACCUGGACUGAAUGGCACAGAGGAUGCAAGGCUCUGGACGGAAUUAUGCAUCCCUUCAGAUCUGAAUGGAUGACUAAGAAUUGUUACAAAUGUCAGUGUAAUGAAGAUGGAAUUCAGUGCUGCAAUGUAGCUAUUAAACCGAUAAAUACUGAUGAAGAGAAUUGCCUGACCUUUCUGAACAGGGCAACGUGCACAUACCAAAUCAUGAAUAAAGAAGACCCCACCAAAACCGUCGGACCAAUACUUGGGUUGGGUAACCUUAACCCUUCUUAG